AUGUUGCCCUGGAUCCUGCUCGCGUGGGCGGCGGUCUCCUCCUCCAUCGCCGGAGCUUCACGGCUCACUCCCCCCGUCCUGCCGCUGAUAGUCAGGAACCCCUAUCUCAGCACCUGGCUCGCCGAUGCGAGACACGAGCCGUGGUCGUCAUGGCCUAUCUUCUGGGCCGGCCAGCAUAUGGGCAUGAGUCUGAUGGCCCAUGUCCCCAGCACAGGGAAUGUGUAUCCGUUGCUCGGAAGACCCCACGACUCGCUGGGCGAGAAUAACCCGAAGAACGGAUAUAAUGUAUCCUACGCCCAGUUUCUGGGAUCCAAGUACGAUGCAUCGUCCACGAACCUGACCUACCUGAUCCAGCCGACUGGUAAACACCAGGCUGAGGAGUCCCUGAAAAUUACCGUCACCUUCUUGUCCCCGAUAACUCCGACGUCGACGCUGCGUCAAUCUAUCCCCGCUGCUUAUGUUACCGUGCACGUAGAAGGGAACAUGAAUGUUAACAUCUACAUGGAUAUGAAUGGUGAAUGGGUCACGGGGGACCGUGGAAGCGCGCUUGUAUGGAAGAUGGAGAACAUUGUUGACGCCAAAAAGGAGAAAGCUCUCUACCAGUGGCAGGUCAGCAAGAAGACGGAGCAGCUUCUUACCGAAUAUCAGGACCGUUCGGAAUGGGGAUCACUGCAUUUCCUUGCCCCUCAGGGCGUGAGAUACGAAUCUGGAACAUCAAUGACACUUAGAACUAGAUUUGCAAGAACCGGUGUCUUGCAAAAUAUGAAUGAUGAGCGGUUCCGUACCGUGAUGGACGACGAGCCCGUCUUUGCCUAUGCCAAACCAUUCAUUCUCAACGGAACUGAUGACAAGCCCAACGUGGAUAUUAUCAACGACGAGGUGACCUUCACUAUUGCGCAUAUCCAAGAUCCCGUGGUCCAGUUUGCCUCUGCCCGUGGAUUGACCCUUAUGAAACCGCUAUGGAAAUCCUGGUUCCCGGAUGUCAAGAGCCUGCUCUAUUUCCACUUCUUUGAUUUCAACAAGGCCAAGACUCUUGUCUACAAGUACUCAGACCAGCUUGCCAGGGAUGCGCAAUUGUCUGCUGCUGAAGACUACGUGGAUAUUGUUGCCCUCAGUGCCAGACAAGUCCUCGGGGCUACCUCCUUUUCCGGGACCGCAGAGAACCCCAUCCUUUUCCUCAAGGAAAUUUCUUCCAAUGGAAACUGUCAAACCGUGGAUGUUAUCUUUCCCUCGUUCCCAUUCUUCCUCUAUACCAAUCCGAGAUGGCUGGCCUAUCUCCUAGAACCAUUGAUCGAGCACAUGUUGAGUGGUCAGUACCCCAACAACUACUCCAUGCACGACCUGGGCACACACUUCCCGAAUAUGACCGGACAUCCUGAUGGGAAAGACGAGUACAUGCCUGUUGAGGAAUGCGGUAACAUGCUCCUCAUGGGUUUGGCCAUCGUCAACUCCCUCAGAUUCCCACCGGACAGCAAGGGCACCGCACCGUGGUACCCGGGCUCCCUCGAAACCCGAGCUGCUGAGCCGGAUGCGGGAUUGUUCCCACUCCGAGAUCUUCAGACCGUUGGUGGCAUUGACAAGCUCGACAGUGUUUGGGGCGUUGGACCAGACGCCACAAACCUGGCUCGUAAAUGGGUUGACAAGUCGUAUAGACUAUGGAGACAAUGGACCGGCUAUCUUGUUGAGUUUUCUUUGGAACCACACAACCAGCUCUCGACCGACGAUUUUGCUGGAUGGCUGGCCCUCCAAACAAAUCUUGCCCUGAAAGGCAUCGUCGGCAUCAAUGCCAUGAGUGAGAUGGCCAACUUUGUAGGAAAGAGUGACGACUAUAAAUAUUUCAAGAACAUCUCCGAUACCUAUAUCACGAAAUGGGAAGGCUUCGGCUUCUCUCGAGACGGCACACACGCGAAGCUCUCUUACGAUUGGUAUGGCUCCUGGACCACGCUCUACAACAUGUUUGCGGAUGCCCUUCUCUGCUUCCACCUUGACGGAACUGAGCAUGAUACCCACACCCAUAAACUUGACGAACAAAAACCAAUCACCCCGCCACCUGGGAAAGUUGGGUUCAUCCCAAGACGAGUUUAUGAAAAACAGUCGAAGUGGUACGGCAUCGUACGUCAAAAAUACGGCCUCCCACUUGACAGUCGUCAUCUAUACGCGAAAACCGACUGGGAAUUCUUUGCAAUGGCUGUCUCCAGCCCAUCAGUUCGAGGCGAAAUCCUGCAAUCUGUCGCCAAAUGGGUUAAUGAGACGGCCACCGAUCGUGCCCUUACCGAUCUUCAUAAAACAGAAGAAGAUGGAGGCUUCCCUGGACCAAACUUCUUUGCUCGACCCGUCGUUGGUGGUCAUUUUGCCUUCCUUGCCUUGGAAAAGGCCUGCAACGGUAAAGCAACCGAGGGACUUAAAUUCCUGGACAAGGUCGAUAACUCUCCCGCAGACGACGACUGGGAAGGUCCCGAAGAUGACGGCACUGGUAAAGGAGACUCCCAAUCCCCUAUUGAAGAUAUAGAUGGCUCGCAUGUGAAGCUUGGAGAUGAGUCUCAGCUUCCUAUCCAAGAAAUGGAUGGAGAGCAGGCGAAGAUAGUCUACGAGGAUAACCUGGACGAGGUUUGA